AUGCAAAGCGCUGAGAUUAACCGGCCAGCUACGCCAGAUAGCCCACACCGAGAUACCAUAAAGCACAAGAACAACCUCAUAGAAUCAAUUAAUAGUCGACAUGAUUCAGGCAUAGCAUUCGAUAUCACCUCGUCACAAUUUAAGAAGAGGUGGUUUCACUGGCACGAACCAGGCACAUCGAAGGCCGACAAAAAACUCAUCUUCAAGCUUGACUGGUUCCUACUCAGCUAUAGCUGUUUGUGCUUCUUCAUCAAAUAUCUCGAUCAGACGAACAUCAGCAAUGCAUACGUAUCGGGCAUGGAAGAGGAACUUGGCUUCGGACCCGGCAAUGAAUUGAGCUGGAUGAACACAUACUUCAGCAUCGGAGUGAUUAUCGGAGGCCCAAUCAGCAACAUUGUUCUGACCGUCGUUCGACCACGCAUCUGGCUACCCAGCUGUCUACUCGUAUGGUCACUAUUCGUUUUAUUCUUAUUCAAAUGCCAAACAGCGUCACAGUUCUACGCCUUAAGAUUCUGUGUCGGUCUACUAGAAUCUGCGGCAUGGCCGGGUCUUCAAUAUGUGCUUGGCUGCUGGUAUAAACGGUCUGAGCUAGCAUCUCGAAGCGGACUCUUCGUUAUGUCUGGCGUGCUGGGCCAGAUGUUCUCGGGAUACCUGCAGUCAGCCCUCUUCGAUGGAAUGGAGGGUAAAGGUGGAUUGUCAGCUUGGAGAUGGCUCUCCAUUUUUGACUUCAUUCUUGCUGUCCCUGUGGUCCUCUACGGCUACGCAUUCUACCCUGAUACGCCGCAGAAUACCAAAGCCUUCUAUUUGACCGACUGGGAAAAGACUCGGGCCCGGGAAAGAAUCGAAGAAGAGGGCCGCACGCCAGUCGGAAAGAUGGAUCUAUCGGUGAUAAAGCGCAUCCUGCAGUCCUGGCAGCUUUAUGCCUUCUCCAUCGCAUAUGCCCUAUGGUCUCUGACCUGCGGGUCGUAUGUCAUGCAAUACUUUGAACUGUGGCUAAAAGCCCUGAAGACUUAUUCGGUCCCGCAGAUCAACAACAUUCCCACGUCGAUGGGAGCUGUUAACUUUGCCUUCAUGGUGACUACAGGUAUCGUCGCUGAUAGGAUUGGUCGCCGGGGACCAGUUUUCUUCGGCGUCGGAUGUCUUCUGACGUUCUGCUAUGCCGUGUUUACCGCAUGGCCUGAGUCAGAAGGACUCAAAAUGGCUGCUUUUGUUCUCACCGGCUGCUAUGGGUGUUUUACGCCACUUCUGGCUGCGUCUGUGAAUAUAUCAUGUGGAAAUGAUCAGCAGCUGCGAGCGUUCGUUAUGGCAUUCAUGGUUAGCCUUGGUUCUGCUGUUGUUAUCCCCUUCCAGCAACUGCAAUUCCCCAGUGGAGAGGCGCCAACUUUCUCAAAUACUCAUGGCUGGGUCAGUGGACUCGUCUUUGUCAUAGCCUUGACUUUGUGGACUGGGUUUGGAAUAGAAUUUGUUGAAAGGAUCAUGACCCGCUCAAAGAAGAACUUGAAUGAAAAGGAUAACGGGGUUUAG